GUUUGGACGUCAAUGUUUGGAUGGUAACAGAUAACACGAUUUUUGCAACAACCAUUGGAAUAUGCAUCGUGUAAAGCUACUUGAAACGGGUUGAUAUUUCAUUAUGGUGAAAAAGAAAGAGAAAGUGUCCAGACAAUCUGUUAAAAAAGAUGCAGGAAAGAAAAAAGGAGAUGUAGUAAUUCAUACUGGACUGCCACCAAAGGUUGAGGGUCAGCUGAGAUGUUACUGUUGCCUCACCGUCAGUCAGAUUAAGUGGUCCUGCCCCUCCCCUCCUGACGUCACCCACGUACGGGUCAGGUGGUGGGGAGAAGAGGGAGAUGGGGCUGUUUUUAGACCAUAUGAUGCAAGGAAGGGAAAUUUUGCCAUGGCUAAGACCCUGGCCAGGUACCCUAUCAAGUCUGGUCCUAAGCAGUUUGCAGCCUACCUAACUGACAUGUCCAGUUUGCUGAUAGAGGUACUCAGUGGGGGGAUGAUGGUACCUGUCGGGUAUGCUGAGGUUACAGACAUUGCAAAAAUCUCUCCCAGCUCUCCUGUUCAAGGAUGGUAUCCUGUUAUGUCCCCAAAUGAAGAUAAGUUAGCAGAUCUUGAGGUCUCAUUACAACUGGAAACUGUGUCAGACUCGUAUGACAGCCUUGGUGAUACUAUCCCAACAACAGACAUCAGUAUGGAGAUGAAUGGUGCCAAUGAAUCCAUGUACCCACAACGAAUACAACACAAACCCUAUGCCAUGCCACCAAAGAAACCAACAGACGAUCCAUUCAUAUCACCUGUUCCUAAUCAGAAUGGAUCUGUUUCAAAUGGCUAUGCAAGCACUGCAGCAGAUUUAAGGAAGCAGCUCAAUUACAGUUUCCAUGACAACCCGCAGCAUUCCCAUCCACAGCCAGUUCAGUCUGGUAGUUCCGUCGAGGUGACGGCGAAUGGCGACAUUGUCACUUCAAAUCUGGACCAGAACCACCUUAAUUUCAUUUCGCAUCCCACUCCUAACCACAGUGCCAUAUCGGUGCACUCCACAAGUGCUUCACAUAAACCCAAAUCACCAAAGAAAAAAUCAUCCAAUCAUGUAGCUCGUUCACAGACUUUAGCCAAUGGCAGUGAAGCCCCAGUAGGAGGGGACGUUCUGUCAAUUCUGUUGGAAAGGGGAGAUAAAUUACGCAAAGAAAUGAUCAUUUCAUCCAUUGAAGACAAUGUUACUCAAUCUAGAGAAAUUCCUAGUGCUAAUGGUAGGACUGUGUUGGAAGGCAGAGAUAUGGAUAUCUCCAGAAUGUCUGAAAGCCGCCAGUCUGCAGGAAGUUUUUUGAAGGAAAUAUUACAGUCCGAGAAGGCUCACAUGAAUGGACAUGUUGAUUUACCAUUUGAAGAGAAUGCUAUUGACUUGGUUGUAGGGGAAACAGGAUUUGAUGAUUUACAGAUGUUGAACAUGGGAGGGAGAAGUCCGGGUUCCAUAUCAGAUGACAUGGAUUUGGUCAGCGAUCCAGGAGAUCCCAUUCACAGUGAAACUCUCCUGAAGGAGUUGUUCUACAAAAACCCAGACAGUGAGGUGAGCGAGUUGAGUGAACUCAGUGAUGAAGAAAUAAAACACAGAAACUCAGCCAGUAAAAUGAGGGCUGUGUCUCCUGCUCCUUCCAUGGAGGACCCUGACAAUGCUCGCCCCCCUUCCAGGCGGUCAUCUGUCUCCAGUAUCACCCUCCCUCUACCAGUGACGGAAACCCCAGAGAAGGCAACCAAGAAAAAGACAGAGAAAUCAAGGACUCCCAAGAGGAAGGGAAGAGUUAAGCUCAGAAGGAAAGGCAGCAAGAAAAGAAGAAAAGGCUCUCGAUCACGUACAUGUAGCAGUGCCAGUGAAUUUAGUGACAAUGAUUCAAUCUAUACCUCUAGGUCGGAAACGUCCAUGGUGUCAUUUGAUAUGCCAGCUUCUGACCUGGAUGAACCUGAGCAAGAGGCAGCUCCAAGGCGAGGCAAGAAGAAAGUGGAUGGUCUUAGUGUUGAGAGAUUGACCUUACUAGGGAGAGUUCAUGUGGCCAGGGUUGUCAUUGACCAUCUCAAACUGGUGGGCUAUGAACACAACACAACUCCGUCCAAAAAGAGACCUGCAGGAAAAUCUGUAGGCAGGCCUCCUAAACCCUCACCCAAAGCCAAAAAGGCUGUAACCUACUUCAUUGAAUACCAGUUUCCCGUUGUGGCCACAUCCAGAGAUAAACAUGCACCCAAUGCCAUGGCAACGGAGGUUAUGAGAGUUGCUUCAAAAAAUGUUAAAGAUGGAGUUGUGAGUUUUAAUCAUCGUUCAGUCUUCCCAAUAAUGUUUGAUGGUACAGCAGUGGACAGUUGGUGGAAGUCUGCCCUGGUAUUCAAAUUGUUUGCUAGAUCUGCAGGUCAAAAAGUGCCAAAUCUAGUUGGGAGUUGUGGCAUUCCACUAAAAUCGGUGUUAAAGUCUGACUCCCUUCACUUGGACUGUUCACUAGAUAUACUCCCCAACCAAACCCCCAGUGAUGUUGAGGGAGUCUAUGGAAAAUUAAAGGUAGUGCUCAGUACACUAGGACUGCAUACUAAACACUUACAAAAAAAUGAAAUAAUAGAAAUUGUUGGAAAAGCCAAAAUUCAGAAACCCCCUCCUCCCCCUCCUAAACCCCCAAUAUCUCAGGAACCAAGUGCUGUUAAUGCUCAAAGUCAAGUGCUGCAUUUCAACCAAUUACGCAAACAGACAGAAGCCGAAAUGAAAGAAAGUAUUGUGAAGGAGGUAGAAGCCUUUUUACAAAGGAAUUCCCAGUCCAGUAGUGUGUCCUCCUCUCAGCAGAGGAACUUUAAUCAGGGUCUUCUUCAGAUCCCAGUGAACUAUGGCCAGUCUGAUUUACCAGAGGUGCUAACAUUGCAUACUUUGCUGUUGAUUCCUGAGGGACGGAACAUCACCCUGAAUGGCAUUCCCUGUCUAACUUCAAUGAAGAGGCACCCAGUUUUUCCUCCCAAACCACAAGUGCUUUCUUCAGAUCCCAGCAGUCGCAGUAUGAACUCGCGGAACACGUACCUGGUCUGUAGGAUGUUCUGGUGUGAUGACGCUGUACAUUCUGAUGUCAGCUGGAGUGAUCCCCAACCUCAGUAUCAAUUCUCCCAGAUUGCACCAGUGCUUGUUUCUCAAAGUCUGCUGGAAAGAAUGAGAAACAACUUUAUGAUUGUGGAAGUGUGGGACAAGAAAACAAAUUCUGAGAAUGACAAGCUGAUUGGUAUAGUUAAACUAAGUCUUCACCAGUUCUACAUGUCCUUUAGAGACCGAAAAAUUUCUUCUGCAUUGCUCAAGUCACAGUACCCAGUUAUUGCUGUGGACAAUUAUUUGCCCAUCGUUGACCCAGUUAGUGGGGCACAGUUUGGACAGCUCAAAGUUUUGUUGGCCAUGGGUUCAGCAGAGCAAGUGUCGGCAUUACAACGAAUGAAGAUGGAGAAUGCUGAGGGCCUACAUGUCCUAAGGCCAGCUCAUCAGCUGGAUGGAAAUGUGGAAACUAGUCAAGAAACCUCAGUCAGGAAUCAGUUUGGAACCUCUGUGCUAGUGGAGCAUAUCUUUGAGGUUGUGAUAGAAGGAAUCCGAGGCCUUUCUAUGUUUGACAACAUGAUGUGGGGAGAGGCAGACUGCUUCAUACAGUAUCACUUCCCCACCCAGACACAAACUGAGGUACCAGGGGCACCGGUAGUCAGACACAGUGUACCCAAGAUGAAGACAUUCCGCAGUGCCACCACUCUGUGUAUCCCUGACCCGACCUUUAACGACAUCACUCGACACAGACUAUGUCUGCCCCAGGGAAGCCCUGUUCAGAGGGAGUUACUUACAGCCUGUGCUGGAUCUGGCAGUAGUGGGGGAGUUCCAUUUGAGGUCUGGUGUAGAUAUUACCAUCCUAAUGUAAGGGACCAAUGUAUUGCCAAGACUAGUCUACCACUAGCCAAGCUGUGUGCUAUGGUUACUAUGCAGAAGAGAAAUGACCCGUCUGUCCAGACUUUCACCCUGCCCAUAAACUCAGUUUCAGGUGACGGACAGGAAGUGGACCCAGAGCAAAAGGCAAAGCAGAAAGAUUGUGGUUUAUUGACGCUUACAAUUCACUAUAAGACACACAUUGUCCACAAUGACACUAGUACUGCAGCUCACAGGAACAUUGGACAAUCACAAGUCUGUUUAUCUGUGGGUAUCAUCAAGGCUUGCGGGCUCAAGGCUGCAGCGGAGGCUAUUGCCUACAUAGACUCUGGAAUGCAAUACCCAGCAGAAGUGGGCGUCAACACCUACAUUAAAGUCCAACUGUCAUUCCUCGACAAAUCAGAGGAAAGAAUCACCAGAACAGUUGCCCGUUCUUUUGCUCCUGAGUUUUCCCACACAAUGGAUUUCCCCUGUAACCUGAUCUGGACUGAGGCUGAUAAUGAGGCUCUGUCCUUGUCAGAAAUCCUAGAGAGAGGUCAGCUCAAGUUAGAGGUGUGGCACCAAGUCCCAGGCCUUGCAUCAGAUAUUGAUCGCCAGAUGCUGGUUGAAGAUGACAGGAGUGGUAGAAAAUUGAGUGACGUGUUGCUGGGAACUUGUGAAGUCCCUCUAUCAACUUUGUUAACUCACAGAACAGGGAUAAGUGGCUGGUUUCCCAUCAAUCUCUCGCCUAAUGCUUCCGAAGAAAACAUGGAUGCCUCAGGUUACCAUGGAAACUACCUCCAUCGAGUUGUAGGGGGUGUGGAGUUGGAGGUUAAAUUCGCCCAUCACAACGACAGGGAGAAGGUUAUACAUGCGGGGAGGAGUGUGGGGUGGUCGCCGGUGGAUCUACAAGUGGAGGAUGAGGAAGAAUGGAUGAGUGAUGAUGAAAGUUCAGACCGCUUCUACAGUGUUACCAUCUGUGUAGACCAAGCCAAUUUCCCAUUGGCCAAUGCUCUUACAACUGGUCAUGAUACACUUGAGAAGGGAGCCAGGUGUUAUGUUCGCUACAAACUUUAUGACAGAGCUGCUGUGAUUUCCAAAGUCACCAAAAUGGCUGACAGUGAUGGCAUAUUGACCUCAGAACUAGGACACAAGCACACACUUCAAAUUCCUGCUUCUUCUCCAUUUCGCUGGUAUCUUCGGGAGGAGAAGCUGGAAGUACAGGUGUGGGUCAGUUACAGUUAUAACCAGAGCCAGAGACCCCAGCAGCGGGACAAACUGAUAGGGACAGCUUACAUCAAUCUGGAGACUUUAGCUGACAAGAGACGCUCACAGCACAGAGUGAGUGGGCUCUAUCCAUUAUUCAAGGCAGGAGGAGCUAACUUAGGAGGGGCUUGUAUUCAGGCUCAUGUGACAUUAAAACCUAUGUUUGGGGUUCCAAAUCAGAGGGACGAAGCUAAUAUGUCAGAUGUCCAUGACACUGAUUACGACCCUAACGACAGCUUUCACCAGCUGACUGGCCAAUCAAAACGUGCCAAAUCUCCAAAAAAACAGGCCAGACUUCAGGAGGAAAACGAAGAAGUCAUCUCAACAUUCGCUGUUAUGAUUUCAGUGGAAAGAGCUAUGCAUUUACCAAGGGUGUCUGAGCAAAAAAGGUCUGGUGAACAAUUGCCAAAUGCGUAUGUUUCCUACCAGACAGCCGAGUCAGCUGAUCCGACCUUUACUGACGUGUUUCCUAACUCAGACAAUCCUAUCUGGGAUCAUCAAAAUGAAACCAGACUCAGUACAGAGCUCCUCUUUGAGGAAAACAAGAACUUGGUGUUCAAAGUCUGGCACAAGCCUAGCACCUGUGGGAAGACCCCAGACAAGUGCUCUGAUAGAGUGCUGGGGUUUGUCUCAGUAGAUUUAACUCCCUUGUCCACUGGCCUCCAGCAGAUGUGUGGCUGGUACAACAUCACUGACUUCAAUGGACAGUGCCAAGGACAGAUUAAGGUUAACAUCAUUCCACAAGAAUGCCUGAGACAGUACAACCAGGACACCAACUCAGCAAACCAGCCAGCCAGUCUUCCUGUGAGAAGCGAAUCAUCCGUCCACCAUCUUCCGUCCUGGAUCCACGAGCAGCCAAUGUCUUUCCCUCUCACUAGCAAACCAUUCUCCUCCCAUCUACCUCAGUUUGAACCUUCGCCAUUGUCUGAAAUGCAGCAGCCCCAAGCCUUGCAGCAGCAGCUUGUUGAGAAUAUCCGACUCUUCCUGGACCAGCAGCAGGCAACGUUAGAUUCUAGACCAGACUUCACAGGGAUUAGCGUAGAGAGAGAACCUUCCAUUCACUGGGUCCCCAAAAUGCCAGAGCACAAGUUUGAAGAGCCUAAUGAUAGCUCUAGAUCAAUUCUUUUUGGAAAUUUAAGGAAACAAAUGCAGGACUUGGAUCUAAUAACCUCCAGACUGAAGCAGAAGCUAACUCCUAUAUUUACCUUGCCCCAGCAGUUCUCCUCUGAACCAGAGGCUCCCGUGUCUUGUUGUUCGGUGGGACAUGCCACUCUGACUUCCACACAUUCAGGACUGAGCACCAUCUCCACUCUCCACUUACAGCACAGUCAGAGGGACUCCUCACGUACUCAGGAGAGCGAACUGCUUCUGACGGCCUCUAACGAGGGUGAAUCCUCGAGGACAGGGGUUGAUUCGGGUGUCCUGUCGGUGACUCACUCGAGUGAGAAGUACCAGUACCAGGAGGCUCUGGACUCACAGAGGAGUGAUGGACUAGAGACAUUCAGACUCAGGUCCCUGACUCGAGAAUAUAAUAAGGACUCACCACGAGAUCAUAAUUCUGAUACUGGGAUUCACUGUCCGUACACAUCUCGCGAGGAAGAUUCUUCUUCAAAUUCCAAUGUAGGAAACACACCCAGAGAAUCACACAGUAAGAAUAGCACACCGAGAGGUUUAGCUGUACACAGUGUUGGGAGUACUCCAAGAGAUCCAUACUCCGUGUCAAAUGGAUCCAAAAUGUCGGAUCCAUCUUCGCUGGGAUUUCAAUACCAGGGGGAUAUGUCUUCCAGGAGUCAUGUGUCAGGAAGAAACGGUGUUCAAGAUGUCAGCGGAAGGUCUGUGGAUGUCAUGUUCGAAAGAGAUGAGAAUAAUUCCAAUGUUAAUUCAAAUCUAGAAGAGAAGAAAAUGGAACCAAAGGAUAUGUCUGUGAUUGAGGAAAAUGCUGACGAGAGUGGAGGGGAGGGUGACGAGAAGUAUUACCACCGGUACAGGGAUAUUCUGGAUGAACAGGACAGUGAGGGGUCAGACGUGGAGAGUGAGGCCAAUGUGGUGGUGCCCAGGACUUUGAAUGAUGUUUCAGGCAAAUUUGGGGGAAUACCAGGCCAUGAGCUGCACUCGUCAACUGGACCUAGAGAAUCCCCCAGGGAGUUCCAUCAGAGUGAUCACACCAUGCCCUUUGAUGUUAGGAGUGAUUCGAGGAGUGGAUCCAAAUCUAGCCCCGGGAGUGGAUCAAAAUCUAGUCCUGGAAGUAAAAAGACUUCUGAGGCGGAGUUUUCAGACCAGGAGGAACCUCCGAAAGAAAAUCUGCAGGAAUCCAGGUGUGAGAAACAUCAGUUUUAUGUGGAAAAGGACAGUUGGUUUUCUGAUGAAGAACUUGAGCUUCAGAAAUCAAGUUAUGUUCCCUCUACUGGACCCGAAUCAAGGGUUAGUUCUCUGAUUGUCCAGGAAGAAUAUGAAGUGGAAGAAAUUGUUGAAAAGGACAGCUGGUUUUCUAAUGACCACAGUAAAUCAAAUUUAGAUGCAUCCAAUUUUCCCAAUGAAAAUGACAAUAGUGAUGAUGUGGUUGUAACGAAAAAUACAAAACAUUUGUUAUCAAAAGUGAAACUUGACACAAUUUCCUCAGCAGGAAGUCGAGAAUAUGACAGCUUUUAUUUCAAAGAAGAGAGGGAGUUAUUAAGCAAUGUGGACUUAGACUCCGUAACUUCGGGAACAAAUACGCAAAAAGGAGAAUCUGUGCGGAACUCCACCACGUCAUUCCACAUCAGUCGGAGUGGUGACCACGAGAACAGUCAUCUAGAAGAAAUGGGUUUUGAGACGGUCCCUCAGUCACCUAAACAGAUGUAUUCUCAUGUGGUUUGUGAGUUAGAGGAAUUUUUCGAACAAUCCAAAUCAGAAAAUGCCAGAGUUCAUUUUUCACAAGACAGUGACGAGGAACAAGAGGGCGGUUUCGUAUAUUCUGGAGAACCGGAAAAUAGCGGUAGUGAUGUAGAGGAAGAGGAAUUUGUCGAGGAAGAGGAGGAAAGAGUUGAAAUUCCUGUACAACGCACAAACAAAACAGACACUGGAAGACAAAAUAUUCCCAACUUCUUCCUACCUGUGGAGCAUUUGCAAGAGUCUAUGAAAGUUCUUCAUUUAGCCACUAAAGGGAUGCCAGCAAACAAAGCAACAAAUGAAAAGGAACUUAGUGUGGAACGCAGGGAGGAGAAAACUCAAGCAGCCGCAGAAAUGAAAAACAAACUCUGUUCAAACACAGCACAGUCUCGCUUUAAUAAUGGGCAAGUCAAGAGCAGACAACUCCCAACGGCAGAGGAAGCCAAGAGGAUAGCCAAAAUUUUCUCAUCUAAGGCAUCGUAAACAUGAAGGCUUGCUUUAACUUCUUUAAAAUUAUUUUAAUUCUGUCAUCACAUUAAGAAGACUCAUUUAGUGAAAUAUGUAUCGCUACAGAUAUUAUAGAUCUGGUGUAGAUCAAAUUUAUGUAGUAUUUCUGAAGACAUUAGAGACCGAGACUUUAAUUUCAUCUAUUCGAGACAUUUAGACACAUUUAUGAGCAAAUU